UUAGCUUUUCUAUCUAUCUCAAAUUUUAGAAUCACAUUAAAAAUUUACAAAAAUAAAACGAACAUCAAACACCCUCUCACUGCAGUGACAUUCUCCUGCUGAAUUUUCUGUUUCUAUGACUAGCACUCCAAUUGUCUGUGAAAGCCAAGCUUACACCAUCUGACCUUUCCCCUCCUGGCAUCCCAUGGUCCAUAAGCCCUACCAGUUCUUUGGGAAUGUUUCUAUCUUCUCUCCUUUCCAGUGCCACUUCAACACUGAUGUUGGUGUUCUAAGUGGUGCUAGAAGUAAACAGCGAAUUUAUUGUUGAGGUGAAAGAAUUAGACGUUGAAAAUGGCACUACAAAAUGGCAGACAGUCAGAAGACAAAAGCGGGAGUGGAUCAAGUUUGCUGCUGCCUGUCGAGAAGGAGAGGACAACUCCAAGAGGAAUCCGAUUGCCAGAAUCCGAUCAGACUGUGAAGCGAACCAGAAGAUUACAUACCGCAUCUCUGGGGUAGGAAUUGAUCGACCACCUUACGGAGUGUUCACCAUUAAUCCUCGGACUGGGGAAAUUAACAUCACUUCAGUGGUGGACAGAGAGAUAACCCCACUUUUCUUGAUCUAUUGCCGGGCUCUGAAUUCACGGGGUGAAGACUUAGAAAGACCUCUUGAGCUUAGAGUCAAAGUUAUGGACAUAAAUGAUAACCCUCCAGUUUUUACCCAAAAUGUGUACACAGCCAGCAUUGAAGAAAACAGUGAUGCAAACACACUGGUUGUAAAGUUAAGUGCCACAGAUGCAGACGAAGACAAUCAUCUGAAUUCUAAAAUAGCCUAUAAGAUCAUCUCUCAAGAGCCAGCAGGGGCACCAAUGUUCAUCCUGAACAGGUACACUGGAGAAGUCCGCACGAUGUCCAGUUUCCUUGACAGAGAGCAACACAGUAUGUAUAAUCUUGUGGUAAGGGGCUCAGAUCGAGACGGAGCUGCAGAUGGACUGUCUUCUGAGUGCGACUGUAGAAUCAAGGUUUUAGAUGUCAAUGAUAACUUCCCCACUUUGGAGAAAACUUCCUACUCAGCAAGUAUUGAAGAGAAUUGUCUAAAUUCAGAGCUGAUACGAUUACAAGCAAUUGAUCUUGAUGAAGAAGGCACCGAUAAUUGGCUGGCAAAAUAUUUAAUUCUCUCCGGAAAUGAUGGGAAUUGGUUCGAUAUUCAAACAGACCCACGAACCAAUGAGGGCAUUUUGAAAGUCGUCAAGAUGCUGGAUUAUGAACAAAUGCCUAAUAUUCAUCUUAGUAUUGGAGUUAAAAACCAAGCUGAAUUUCACCACUCAGUUGCUUCUCAAUUCCGAAUGCACUCAACCCCUGUGAGAAUUCAGGUUGUUAAUGUGAGAGAAGGACCCACAUUUCAUCCAAAUUCCAUGACCUUCAGCAUUCGAGAAGGAAUAAAAGGAAAUUCCUUAUUGAAUUAUGUGCUUGGCACAUAUACAGCUAUAGAUAUGGACACGGGGAAUCCUGCAACAAAUGUCAGGUAUAUCAUAGGACAUGAUGCAGGCAGCUGGUUAAAAGUAGAUUCAAGGACUGGUGAGCUACAAUUGUCUAGGGAAUUUGAUAAGAAGUCAAAAUAUAUUACCAAUGGGAUAUACACAGCAGAGAUCCUGGCUGUAGAUGAUGGCUCUGGGAAAACAGCAACAGGAACCAUAUGUAUCGAAGUUCCUGAUGUUCAUGAUUACUGUCCAGUCAUUUCUGCUGAAAGUAAAUACAUCUGCAUUGCCUCUCCAUCAAUCCUUAUCUCUGUUUAUGAUCAUUCUUAUGGGGCUCCCUUUACCUUCUGUGUGGCUGAUCAGCCACCAGGGACAGCUGACUUAUGGGAUAUCAGAUCAAUAAAUGCUACUUCUGCAAUCCUGAUGGCUGAGCAGCUUUUAUACGCCACAGUUUACCAAAUCCCAAUCAUCGUGAAGGACAGCUUUAACAGAGCAUGUGAAUUGCCACAGAUUGUGGAGUUAGAGGCCUGUGAUUGUGACUACAACCACAUAUGUUUGUACUCUAGUACCACAGGCAUCAACACAGGGGAUGGCAGCUUGGUUACCAGUGAUAUAGAUGGGACCAUCACUGAAGACCAAAUUGAGGGUUCAAAUGUUGGUCUUGGACCAACAGGGAUUGGCAUGAUUGCCCUGGGACUCUUACUACUGCUUUUGGCGCCCCUCCUGCUCCUCAUGUGUUGCUGCAAACGAAGACAGCCCCAAGGCCUGGGGACGAGGUUUGCUCCCGUGCCAGAAGGGGGAGAUGGAGUGAUGCAGGCCUGGGGGAUAGAAGGGGCCCGCCCGGAGGACAGGGAUGUGUCAAAUAUAUGUGUACCAAUGACAGCCUCUAAUACCCAGGAUCGUAUAGAUUCUUCUGAAAUCUACACUAACACCUACGCGGGCGGAGGAACGGUUGAAGGGGGUGUGUCAGGAGUGGAACUGAACACAGACCUUGUGACGGCCGCUGGCGUGGCAGCCGGAGGUUCAGCAGGAGCUCGACGGAGGAGGAGUUCCACAAUAGGAACCCAGUGGGAAUAUGCAGACACGGGCCUGAACAUGGCUUUCCUGGACAGUUAUUUCUCUGAGAAAGCGUAUGCUUAUGCAGAUGAAGAUGAAUGUCGGCCUGCAAACGACUGCUUGCUCAUUUAUGACCACGAGGGAGUAGGGUCUCCUGUUGGCUCCAUUGGUUGUUGCAGUUGGAUUGUGGAUGAUUUAGAUGAAAGCUACAUGGAAACUUUAGACCCAAAAUUUAGGACUCUGGCUGAAAUCUGCUUAGACACAGAAAUUGAACCAUUUCCUUCACAGCAGGCCUGUAUACCUAUCAGUACUGACCUGCCUUUGCUGGGGCCUAAUUAUUUUGUUAAUGAAUCUUCAGGAAUGACCCUCUCAGAAGCUGAAUUCCAGGCAGAAAUGGCAAUACCGGAACCCAUGAUCCACGGGGAUAUCGUAGUGACAGAGACUUAUACAACAGCUGACCCAUGUGUGCAACCCACAACAAUUGUUUUCGAUCCUCAGCUUGCACCCAGUGUUGUAGUGACCGAAACAGUAAUGGCACCUGUCUAUGAUGUUCAAGGGAAUAUCUGCAUACCUGCUGAGUUAGCCAACACGCACAAUGUAAUCUAUGCCGAGAGAGUGCUGUCUAGUCCUGGUAUGCCUGACACGAGCAAUGGUAGCAUGACUGAUGGCUGUAUGGGGCCUGUAAUGAGUGGCAGUAUUUUGGUAGGGCCAGAAAUUCAAGUGACACAAAUGAUGAGUCCCAACAUUCACGUAAGUCAAACCACUGGCUCCACAUCUCCAAUGACAUCUCGACACAGAGUAACACGAUAUAGUAACAUACAUUACUCCCAACAGUAA